AUGGUCGUUCAAGAUGAGGACAAAACCGCAAUCCGCACGCCGACAGGGCUGUACUGUUACACCAAGAUGCCUUUCGGCCUAAAGAAUGCGGGCGCGACCUAUCAGAGAUUGAUGAACGAAACGUUCAGCGACGCCAUCAGCAAGUACAUCGAAGUAUAUAUGGAUGAUUUGGUGAUUAUGAGCAAGGAAGAAAGCAUGAUGCUGGUAAACAUCCAAAAGACUUUCAACACGCUGCGCAGCGUAAGUAUUAAACUAAAUCCAGCAAAAUGCUCAUUUGGCAUGGAAGAAGGGAAAUUCUUUGGUUUCAUUGUCACAAAAGAUGGCUUCAAGGUAAAUCCAGAAAAAGUUCAAGCAAUCGAAAGAAUGCCUUCCCCAUCAAACAUCAAAGAGAUGCAAAAAUUAGCAGGACGGUUAGCAGCGCUCAAUCGUUUCCUAGCUAAUCACGCCGCAAAGUCUUUUCCGUUCAUCAAAACAUUGCGCAACUGUAUGAAGAAAAGCCAGUUUCAGUGGACUCCGGAAGCAGAGAGUGCGUUCCGCAAGAUGAAAGAUUGCCUCAUUAAACUGCCGACUCUAACCGCACCAAUCAAAGGAGAACCCUUGGUACUAUAUUUGUCAGCUUCUGAUAGAGCAGUUGGAGCAGUGCUACUUGUCGAUCGUCAAGGUAUCCAAACACCAGUCUACUAUGUGUCACGAACCUUGACCGACCCAGAAACUCGGUACGCCAUCAUGGAGAAACUAGUCCUCGCGCUGAUCCAUGCAUCAAGACGGCUGCGAAGGUAUUUCGCUAACCAUGUCAUACAUGUGUUAACAAACUACAACAUCGGCAACAUCUUGGCAAGGCCAGAAAUCUCAGGAAGGCUAGCCAAAUGGGCACUAGAACUUGGCGGCCACAACGUGGUCUUUAGACCAAGACCAGCCAUCAAAGGCCAAGUGUUGGCAGAUUUCAUGACAGAGGUACCUGACGAUAAGGAUCGAGAAUGCAAAGCAAUGGAAAAGGCCGAAAAGCAACAAGUAGAAGAACCGUGGUUGUUAUACACAGAUGGCGCGUCUAACGAAGACGGCGCAGGAUCAGGGCUUCGGCUGGUAAGCCCCGACAAGCAUGAGUUCACGUAUGCGAUACGUCUAGACUUCAGGAGUACGAACAAUGAAGCCGAAUAUGAAGCUUUUCUUGCGGGCUUAAGAUUAGCAGUCAAAAUGGGAGUCAAACACAUCGAAGCGCACGUGGAUUCCAUGUUAGUAGCUGGACAAAUCAACGGCCAAUACGAAGCCAAGGGAGAUGUAAUGGAGCUCUAUCUAAGUCAAGCGAAGACGUUGCUACAAACCUUCUAUUCUUACAAGGUGCGCCACAUAAACAGAAGCGAGUACAAACCAGCAGAUGCACUGAGUAAACUCGCAUCUACAAGCUUCCAACAUUUGGCGAAAGAUGUGCGCAUAGAAGUUCUGAGCAACCCAUCUGUUCCACUUAGAGAAGUAAGCGUCAUCCAGACAGGAACGAUGUCUUGGAUGACUCCAAUAAUCAUGUAUCUUCAAUCCGGGAUACUCCCAGAGAACAAGGCCGAGGCAAGGAAGAUCCAGUACAAAGCCGAGCAUUAUCGGAUGGCCGAUGGAAUUUUGUACCGAAAGUCAUACCUUGGUCCACUGUUGAGAUGCGUCGACGCUGAGGACGCAAACUAUUUGAUCAGAGAAGUCCAUGAAGGAAUCUGUGGUAUACAUGUCGGGCCAAGAAUGGUGGUGGCAAAAGUGAUGAACGCCGGGUACUACUGGCCCGGAAUGCAUUUAGACGCGGUAAAAGAGUUGAGGAAAUGCAGUGGAUGCCAAAGACAUGCGCCCAAGACGAUGCGCCCUAAAAAUGAAUUGGUACCAGUCACAACCGCAUGGCCCUUCCAGCAAUGGGGCAUAGACAUGGUCGGCCCUUUCCCAGAAGCCCCAGGAGCGGUCAAAUUCAUAAUAGUAGCGGUCGACUAUUUCACCAAAUGGGUAUAG